GCGAUGGAUCCGUGCAGACACGUUGAGCAGCUGCGGCUCUCCCAGGACCAGUCCGUGCUCAGCCCCCAGAAGUGGCACUGCGUGGACUGCAAUACGACCGAAUCCAUCUGGGCUUGCCUUAGCUGCUCCCACGUGGCCUGUGGAAGGUACAUCGAGGAGCAUGCGCUGAAGCACUUUCGAGAAAGCAGUCAUCCUGUGGCGCUGGCGGUGAACGAGAUGUAUGUGUUUUGUUACCUGUGUGAUGAUUAUGUGCUUAACGACAACGCGGCCGAAGACCUGAAGUUACUCCGGAACACGUUAAGUGCAAUCAAAAGUCAGAAUUACCAGUGCGCCACUCCCAGCACAAGGGACGUGCCGUCUGCGGGGACAGGAGAUGGUUCCUUCUUUGUACAUGAUGGUGCCCAAUCCCUCCUUCGCAAUGAAGAUCAAACGUAUACUGCUCUUUGGCACAGGAGGAGGAUCCUCAUGGCUAAAAUCUUUCGAACUUGGUUUGAACGAUCACCUAUUGGAAGAAAAAGGCGAGAAGAACAAGUUCAGGAAAACGUGGUAGCAAAAAGGGAGUCGAAGAAAAAGAGGCAAGAAUUCGAGUAUCAAAUGAAAUCGGAACUGGAAAUGCCCGCGAGAAAGAGUUUACGUUUGCAAGACCUAGCUCGGUCCACCACAGUAGAAAUCGUUCCCGUUCAGGUACCGCCACCGGCUCCAGCAUCGCCAACAAAAGAUAAAGUCCCACCUACCUCGGCCGACGGAAGACUUAGGAAACCCAGCGGCUCCUCAGGCAAACGCCGGCCGGUAGUAACGCCUGGCGUAACCGGAUUGAGAAAUUUGGGAAACACCUGCUAUAUGAAUUCUGUUCUUCAAGUGUUGAGUCAUUUACUUAUUUUUCGACAGUGUUUUUUAAAGCUUGAUCUGAACCGGUGGCUGGCUGUGACAGCUAGCGAGUCAACAAGGUCAUCCUAUAGACAUCCACCCGUCACGGACGCCGUGGUAUAUCAAGUGAGUGAGUGCCAAGAGACAGAUACAGGCUAUGUUUGCUCCAGACAUCCAAGUUUAUCCGUAGGACUAAGUGGUGGAGCGUCCAAAAGUAGGAAGAUGGAACUAAUUCAGCCCAAGGAGCCAAGUUCCCAGUACAUUUCUCUUUGUCAUGAGUUGCAUACCUUAUUCCAAGUCAUGUGGUCUGGGAAGUGGGCCUUGGUCUCACCAUUCGCUAUGCUGCACUCGGUGUGGAGACUGAUUCCUGCGUUCCGUGGUUACGCUCAACAAGAUGCUCAGGAGUUUCUUUGUGAACUUUUGGAUAAAAUACAGCAUGAACUCGAGACCACGGGUACCAGGUUACCGGCUCUUCUCCCCACGUCUCAAAGGAAACUUAUCAAACAAGUUCUGAAUGUGGUCAACAACAUUUUUCAUGGACAACUUCUUAGUCAGGUUACAUGUCUCGCAUGUGACAACAAAUCAAAUACCAUAGAACCUUUCUGGGACUUGUCCCUGGAAUUUCCAGAAAGAUACCAAUGCAGUGGGAAAGAUACUGCUUCCCAGCCAUGUCUGGUUACUGAAAUGUUGGCUAAGUUUACAGAAACCGAAGCUUUAGAAGGGAAAAUCUACGUAUGUGACCAGUGUAACUCAAAGCGUAGAAGAUUUUCCUCAAAACCAGUUAUCCUCACAGAAGCCCAGAAACAACUUACGAUAUGCCACCUGCCUCAGGUCCUCAGACUGCACCUCAAACGGUUCAGGUGGUCAGGACGUAAUAACCGAGAGAAGAUUGGUGUUCACGUUGGCUUUGAGGAAAUCUUAAACAUGGAGCCCUAUUGCUACAGGGAGACUUUGAACUCCCUCAGACCAGAAUGCUUCAUCUAUGACUUAUCUGCUGUAGUAAUGCACCACGGGAAAGGAUUUGGCUCUGGACACUACACUGCCUACUGCUACAAUUCUGAAGGAGGGUUCUGGGUCCACUGCAAUGAUUCCAAGCUAAGCAUGUGCACUGUGGAUGAAGUGCGCAAGGCUCACGCCUACAUCCUGUUCUAUACCCAGCGCGUUACCGAGAACGGACAGUCUGAUCUCCUGGCUCCGGAGCUUCUGUCAGGCAGCCACCAUCCCAGUGAAGAAACCGAUACCUCUAACGAGAUCCUCAGCUGAUCCCAGGACAGUGGGGUUUCUUGUGGUUUGUAUAUAUCAUUUUUAAAAGGGCCGACGUGUUAAGUUUGAGCCUCAUGGUUUUAAUUUUUUUACUUAUGAAUCAGGGCACACUACCUUUAUACGUUUCGUAUCUAACGACAACAAAACUUUUUUACAGAGACAACAUAUAUGUAGAUCAACUGCAGGUAACAAAGUUGUUUCAGGUACUUGAAGUUUUAAAUGUUUUGUUUACCUCCGACUGCUGUUAAUCUUUUUUAUAUCUAUCCUGCUACCUUGUCUCAGAUCAUGAAUUUGUGCAAUCUUCCACUGAACUGCAGGUGGCAUCAUUUUAUAUGCAUUUGUUACUUAUUUUUUGUAGCUCUUUUCUACAGAAAUUCUUGGAUGAAAAAUUAGAUAUUUUCUUCACUGAUAGUCUUACCAAAAGGGGGGAGGGGUGCCUGUUCUGUGCCAUUUGUAUGUUGAAAGUCAUUUGCCCCUCGGAGAGAAUUAAAGUGGUACAACGUCAACUAGCAAGGUAUUAUGUACUCCUCAGUCACUCGAUAUUCCCGAGGCUUUGUGUUAACGGGGCUCAGAAUAGACAUUAUUUCUGUUCAUGGAACUUCACUUAAAAAAAUUUUUUUUCAAUAACUAUUUAUUUGGUAUAGUGAUACUAUCUAGUUGAAAAUUGCUGCUUUAUAUUUAAGUGAACUUCAGAACUGUGGACAUGAAAGAAGCGAUGGCUGGGACUUAUAUAAUUAUCUGGUAGCAAACAGGUGUGUACAGAUUCUGAUAAAGCAGUCAUAAAAUAUUUGAGUUGUACAAACUAUUAUACAAAUAGUUUAUAUUGGGUAUGAAUUUUUAUGUUUGAUAACAUUAGAUCUCAUAAAAGCUUUGGAUAACUUGAGACUUUUAGUUCAAAUGAAUUUUUUUUUUAAAGUCGAGAGAAAAAUUGCAUAGGGCAGAGAAGAUAAUUGUUCAAAAUUGGCAAUUUGUAUGUCUAGUAUCUCAUCUUUCUAAAUAACUAAAACCUGGAUUAUUUACUCUUGCUAGAAUUAUGUGAUUACUAGGAGCUUCUUAGAUAAAUACUGGGUCCUGGCAUUUUUUUCAAAAGCAUUGAACAUUUUCUAAACUUGUAUUUUUAAAGUGAGAACACUCUGCCCCCCACCCCCCUUAAUCUUAACAGAUCUCUAAAGAGUACUACCGCUGCUAACUUAAUCUUGUUCAGAAAGGGGAGGAGUCUAUUGACCUGUAGAUCAGCUAUGUAAGUAAGAUCUUAAGCUUAGAGUUAGCCACUCAAGAUCAGAUAGCCUUUUAAGUGGAUUUAUUUACAGGUUGAAAUCUCAGUAAAAUAUAAUAUCCUGUACAAUGCUGUGCACCAUUAGUGAUCAUCUUUAAGUACAAAUUUAAAGGGACUUCUAUUAGCAAAUUUUUAAAUUAACUUAGAAAACAAAUCAUUUAGGGCAGCUGACAGUGAGUUCAACAGUGAGUUCAACAAGACUGUAUCACUGGACAGACAAAUCAACUGUGCCAAAAAUACAGCUGGAUUAUUAAAUGGCUGGGUGUAAAAUUGUUAUUAUUGUUAAUACACACCUAUGCAAGUUGUUACCUUUACCUCAACUGUUACGUGCUUAUACCUCAUUAAAGAUUUAUGUGGUCAAGA